AUGUGUGGUAUUUUCGCGUGUCACCAGCACCCCGAUGUGCAAAAGUUCAAGCCCACGGCUUUGCGCAUGGCCAAGGCUGUGCGCCACCGUGGACCGGACUGGAGCGGUAACUUUACUUGCAACAACACUAUUCUCGCUCACGAGCGUCUGAGUAUCGUCGGUGUCGACUCCGGAGCGCAGCCCCUUGUCAACGAGGACGAAUCCCUCGUCCUGGCCGUCAAUGGCGAAAUCUACAACCACCGUAUCCUGAGAAAGGGAUUGAAGACCAACUACAACUUCAAGACACAUUCGGAUUGUGAAGUGGUUAUUCCUUUGUACAUGGAACACGGUCUCGACGCACCCAAGCAUCUCGAUGGCAUGUUCUCUUGGGUUCUUUACGAUAAGAAGGAAGACCGUGUCAUUGCCGCACGCGAUCCCAUCGGUGUUACCAGCUUCUACAUUGGAUGGUCGUCCGAGACCCCCGGCGCUGUUUUCUUUGCCUCGGAGUUGAAGUCUUUGCACCCAGUCUGCGACAAGAUCGAGGCUUUCCCUCCUGGCCAUGUCUACAACUCCAAGGACGGUUCUAUGACUCGCUACUUCCAGCCUAACUGGUGGGACCCCGCCAACAUUCCCUCGACCCCCGUCGACUACAAGGAGAUCCGCAGAAGCUUCGAGAGAGCCGUUCGCAAGCGUCUUAUGGCUGAGGUUCCCUACGGUGUUUUGCUGUCUGGUGGCUUGGACUCGAGUUUGGUGGCAUCCAUUGCCCAGCGUGAGACCCUACGUAUGCAGGAGGCAUCUUUGAAGGCCGCGGUCGAGGCCCAGCUUCACAAGCAAACCGGCGCUUCUGAGUUGGUCGGUAUUGAUGACUCCAACGAACUGUCCACUGUCACCACCUUCCAGCAACUGCACUCUUUCUCCAUUGGUCUCCCAGGCGCACCCGACACCGAGGCUGCCAUUGAAGUCGCCAACUUCCUCGGAACCAAGCACCACGCUUUCACUUUCACUGUCCAGGACGGUCUCGACGCUCUUUCCGACGUUAUCUACCACCUUGAGACAUAUGAUGUGACCACCAUCCGUGCAUCCACCCCUAUGUACUUGCUUAGCCGCAAGAUCAAGGCCAUGGGUGUCAAGAUGGUUCUGAGUGGAGAGGGAAGUGAUGAGACCUUUGGUGGCUACCUCUAUUUCCACGCAGCCCCCAACAAGGAGGAAUUCCACGCCGAGACCGUCCGCCGUGUCAAGAACCUGCACUUGGCAGACUGCCUGAGAGCUAACAAGUCGACAUCCGCAUGGGGUCUGGAAGCCCGUGUGCCUUUCCUGGACAAGGACUUCCUUUCAUAUGCUAUGGGCGUGGACCCUAAGGACAAGAUGAUCACCGGUGACCGUAUCGAGAAGCACAUGCUGCGGAAAGCGUUCGACACCACCGAUGAGCCUGACGUCAAGGCAUACUUGCCCGACAAGAUUCUCUGGCGCCAGAAGGAGCAGUUCAGUGACGGUGUUGGCUACAGCUGGAUUGAUGGACUGAAGGACCAGGCCGAGAUCGAGGUGACGGAUGAGAUGUUGAAGAACCCCAAGCCCGAGUGGGGAACUGACAUCCCUGACACCAAGGAAGCUUACUGGUACCGCUGCAUGUUUGAUGAGCUCUUCCCUGCCUCUUGCGCAGGCACUGUCGAGCGCUGGACCCCGACUUGGUCGAAGCAGACCGAUCCCAGUGGAAGAGCUAUCGCUACCCACAACGCCAAGUACAAGAACGUCGAGUAA